CCUGUGUUGAUGAAGGAUGUUCUGCUUCUCUGUGCAUAUUCUUCUUUCCUCGACCUAUGUAAAUGAACUGAAUGAAAAAUAAUUGUUGGUGGGAUUUUAAAUUUCGAGUGUAAAUUUUAUACAUUUUUUAUACUUAACCAGGAGCGGCUGCGAAAAAUGCAAGAGGGCCGCCAUUGGUCGUAUUUUUCGCAGCUGUUCCAUGUACAAAAUCCCAUCAUCAGUAUGCAGAGGCAUACAGUCUCUGAGCUUUGGGUUUUGUUUUUCAUCGUAGGUGCAGUGAACUAUAUAUUAAGAUGUCAAUGUGAUGCAAAUGCACGUAAUAAGCAAGGAUUUACCCCACUACACUUAGCAGCCUCGGUUGGAUCAAUUCACUUGUGUCAAUGUCUGUUGGAAGGAGGCGCUGAUAUGAACUGUAUUAAUACACAGUGUAAGGUAAGACUAGUAUACUAGAGUGACGUUGUUUAUAUUGGAUAGCUCUAUCGAUUCUAAACUGUACCCCUAUAUAGAAGUUAAGGCGAAAUUAUACAGUCGCAUACAGGGGCCGCAAUCUACGCUAUUCCGCAUAUAGUAAAAUGCCUGACAUUUGAUCUUUGUAUUCUGUUUGUAUAGUAGAAAACGUGUUAGUAUCAGUACGUUAUUAGAGGUAUUUUUACCAUUAGAAGUUAUUGUUCGCUUGCUUAUUAAUGACAAAACAAUGCAUUUGAUGAGAUUCUUGCUGCAUAAAUAGAACCCUCAUAACAGCAGAAGUGUUUGCUAUGCUUGUUUGUCGAUCUUCAAUUCAGGGCUCUGGAGGCUUACGUUAACAAUUGUCACACACAUUAGCCAAUUAAGAAGCUCUCUGAGAGAUACAUGAACAGUGGAUCUUCAGACGGAAUAGUAUAUUUCAAAAUCUACUAUUCCGAUGUGACAUGGCUUGUACGUGGUCGCUGGUUCGUGACUGUCCUUGCCACAGGAUUUAAACUUUAGUUGUACUUAAUUUAAAUUUAAUCCUAACUAAGUUUGGGCAGGUACCUUGCAAUAGUGCAUGGCUCUUUGAGUCCCGUUUGUACCUCACCUAUUUAGGGUCCUUACUUUUUUGUCGUUGCUUAGUUUUAAGUCUUAGAUAUACUUAAAUAUUUCCAUAUGCAUUUUUACCUGUAAAUGGUAAAGUAAGGUAACUAUUGUGAAAUCACAGCACGAUAGCAGACUUAACAUGAUUUUACAUUUUAAAGAAUGAAAUUUACAAGUUCCUAACUCCGCUGGACCUAGCAAAGCUCAACAAACAUUCAGAGUGUGUAGAGUAUCUUGAAGACAAUGGCGGCUUUCGAGGAGAUGAGAUAACAAAAUUGGCGUGCAGGAAAAUACAAAGGUGGUGGAGAAGACACAGAGCGCCAAAAACGACACUGGAUCCUGUUGAAGAAUAUCAUAACGAUUGCUUGAAGAAAUCGGAGGGAGCAACAUGUCUGGAAAUCACACAACGGUUUGUAUGCCUAACGAAAGUAACUUUAUUUAUACUUGAUAGCCCUAUCUGAUCUGUACCCAGUACCCGAAGCACAGUACCCGAAGCUACAAGGAAGCACUCCUUUCACAUGCGACUGAGGCGAAACUCUUCUUCUCUUCUUGAAGGGAAUUUCGAGCGAAAGAUUAUAUGCAAUCUUAGACCUAACCUAAAAUGCAAGUAUUACCGGUAUACAAAAAUGCGGGUUGGACAAUGGUACAGCUACUUUUAAAAUUGACAUUCCGCCACGCCCAUAAACGUUUUAUAAGCAAAACAAAAAGUUUUGAUUGACAAACCUCGAGGAAGAAACGUUUUCAGGAAGAAGUUAUUUCGCUGACCUCAGAAUGACAUUUCGUCAAAACGUUUUUCUUCAAGAUUGGUUUAGAGACAAACUUGGAGUAGAGUUAGAUUAAGGUUAGAGUUGGUGUUUGGAAUAGGGUUAGGGUUAGUGUUAGUGUUAGUAAAACCGUUGCUUUGAUACGUUUUGUCACUCUGAGGCCAGCGAAAUAAUCUCUUCCACGUUUCCAAGUAUAGUUUCAAAUGCAUGCUUCAGGGACGCUCGCAAAUGGUAAUAUACAAUUUUAUACAAUCUUUUCAUUUCACAAUUUUCUAGUGCAUCCGAGGAUGAUACCAACUGUUUAACAAAAACGCAAGACAAGGACGAACAAAGAGAACAUAACAUUUCUGAACAUAAAAAGGACAAUGGACUUCAACAACUUGAGAGCACUUCAGAAAGAAGAAGAACUUUAUCGAACAGUUCAAGAAAUAUUCCGAUCGAAAUAAAUGUAUUCGAAACAAAAAGACUAAGUGUUCCAGGCGUGCAUAGUAAUGAGCUUAAAACAAGGACUUCAAAGAAUAGUAAAAAUAAAGCACAGAAACAAAGCCACGAAAUGCUGGAUGAUUUACACAAAUCCAAAUCCAAAACUUCACUGGUGAACAGGGCGGCGGUAGGCCCUGUAAAAUACACAAGGUGUGUUAAAAAUCCCACAAGAAAAAGCCCAAGUACGGCACGAAAUGCUACUGUGAAAGAGACACGACAUGCGCUCAAAACAAAGAUACCUGGAGAUAAUCGCAAACUAAGCUCGGCAUCAUUGAAGCAAGUGGAGGGAAGGGAAUGCAAGCAAGAGACGUCAAAGCAAGCCACUGCAAAACAGGAGAGACCGUAUACAUUGCAACAGACUGAGUGUGAUGUCAAGCCAAGCUCGAUUUCACGGAAGCAAGCAGAGGGAAGGGAAGAUAUUCAAACCACUUCAAAACUGGAGACUCCGUGCACAACCAAAGAGGAUUUAAAACGAGCGUUGGACGUGGAAAUAUUAAGAAAAGUAUGUAUAUGUUUUAGUAUAAACGAAACCAAACGAACCGAAACCACUGGAUCGAUGUAUCAAUUCCAAUUACUGGAUAGAUUUAUCAAUCUCAAACUGUUUUCCCUAGCGGUACAAUGUGGUUAAAUGUAUUUAAGCUUACAGGAUAUCCUAUAGACAGGUAUUUCAUGAAAUUUAUUAUUACUCUGCGAAUUUUUAUCCAACUUCUAUCAAACUUUCGCCGAUUAUAGCCAGACAAAUGAAGAAUAACACAGUGUUAUAAAAUGCACGAGAAAAAAUAUAAUUUUCCCUAAUAUAGCUACGUGUUCAAGUUUGUGAUACCAUGGCGCCGCGAUCUACGUUAAACGCCUAUAUAUAAAGCUCCGCGCUAGAACACCCUUUCGUAGACAAGACAUACACCGGCAACCAGGCCUGAUUCAAGAUGGCAACCUUGAGUUGCUACGAAUUAAAGUUAGAUAUGUAGAUUUUAAAAAUAAAUCAACGCCAAGUCCAUAUGCCCCAAACCCUAACCAUAGAAAGUCAAAAUUAGUAUGAAAAAAAGCUUGAGGGAAUUUUAAGAAAAUGGGGGGUGGGGUGGGGAGGACCAAACAAUUUGCCAGGAUUCCAACCCACGACGUGUGAACACUUGCGUGUUUUUGCCUUGCCUAGUUGCAACAAAUUGCGCUCAAAUACUAUACUUCUUUUGAUAGGAAAAGCUUAGCAAAGAAAUCGCACGUUUAAAGAAAAACCUGGAAGAACGCAGCCAGAGCCUUGAAAUGCGUUUAGGGGUAAGUUGAAAAUCAAGGGAUUUGUAGAGUGGAACUUUUAUACAUUUAUUACACCUAACCAGGAACAGUUUUUAAAAAUGUAACUAUAUACGUCCUCUGGCAGGAAUCGAACCUUCGGCCCUGUGAUUCCGGUGCAGUGCUCUAACCAACUGAGCUACAGAGGCCAGUUGUCCAGCUCUAACCACAAGUUUAGGGUACUGCCAUGUUUAGGUUAUGGGUAAAUAUCGAGAUUUUGUUGGCAUCACACUCAAUUGAAUAAUAGUUGAAGGGUUUUGUAGAUGGAAAUUAUCGAGUGGAAAUUUAUAUACAUUUAUUACACCUAACAAGGAACAGAAGAGAAAAAUGUAACUAUAGGCCCCUGACAGGAAUCGAACCUUCGGCCCUGUGAUUCUGGUGCAGCGCUCUAACCAACUGAGCUACAGAGUCCAGGUUGACCAGCUCUAACCACAAGUUUAGGGUACUGCCAUGUUUAGGUUAUGGGUAAAUAUCGAGAUUUUGUUGGCAUCACACUCAAUUGAAUAAUAGUUGAAGCGUCUUGUAGAUGGAAAUUAUCGAGUGGAAAUUUAUAUACAUUUAUUACACCUAACCAGGAACAGAAGAGAAAAAUGUAACUAUAGGCCCCUGACAGGAAUUGAACCUGCGGCCCUCCGAUUCUGGUCAUGCAGCGCUCUAACCAGCUGAGCUACAGAGCCCAUGCAGUUUUCGAGCUCCAACCAUAAGUGAUUGUAUGUUACUUAUGAGCACGGGACUGCAUAAAUAUACGUUUCAUUUAUCUUAUCGAAAAAUAACACCAUACAAAUUUUAUUGAAUGCUAACUACGUUUAAUACAUUGAAUACGAAAUUACAAUCACGCGCCACAAUUAUAAUUCGCCAUUUUCUAUCUUUUAGGUCAUCGAGAAAAAUUUGAAAAAACUAUAACGUAUUCUAAUACGUGAUGGAUUAAUUGACUAUAUUUAUCGUAUAUGUUCUGUCAGUAUUUUUUCCUAGAAGACUAGCUGCGAUUAUGUCGAAAAGAUUUAGCUAAUUAACUUCCGCCCGCUUAAAUGAUGUAUAAAUGUAACAGUCGUUGUAUAAAUGUAAUAGAUGCAAAUUCUAGUAUAUUCCCAUUCCCAGCGAUACUAUACAUAUUCAAAGCAUAUCUAUGCUACGAUUGUUUUACUUCAUGAUACUCACAGUUACGGUGACGCAAUACUUAGCUUUCAAGCUUCCAUUGCAUGACGGUAUUGUCCUUGCCUCCUGUGCUGACGACAUGAGAAUCCGUUGCUAGGAAACCCACAGCGGUUACAUGGGAACUAUGACCGCGGCCGACAUUGGGUGUAGACUAGAAAUUAAGUGAAAAAUAGGUCACGAGUUUCAUCUGUGGUUUCACUAAGCACUAUCGUGCAGCAGAUGAUGGUCAACUGCCUGGUUCAAAGUUUCUGUGAUCACAGUAGGAAUUUUGCAUAAGUAAAUUACUAAAUUCCAAGUUUUGAAGGAUUUGUAAGAAAUGUUUGAGGGAACUUACUUAAUGUUUAAGCCUGGUUCACACUAUCAAAGUUUCUGUGAUCACAGUAGAAAUUUUGCAUCUGUAAAUUCUAAGUUUUGAAGGAUUUGUGAGAAAUGUUUGAGGGAACUUACUUAAUGUUUAAGCCUGGUUCACACUAUCAAAGUUUCUGUGAUCACAGUAGAAAUUUUGCAUCUGUAAAUUCUAAGUUUUGAAGGAUUUGUGAGAAAUGUUUGAGGGAACUUACUUAAUGUUUAAGCCUGGUUCACACUAUCAAAGUUUCUGUGAUCACAGUAGAAAUUUUGCAUCUGUAAAUUCUAAGUUUUGAAGGAUUUGUGAGAAAUGUUUGAGGGAACUUACUUAAUGUUUAAGCCUGGUUCACACUAUCAAAGUUUCUGUGAUCACAGUAGAAAUUUUGCAUCUGUAAAUUCUAAGUUUUGAAGGAUUUGUGAGAAAUGUUUGAGGGAACUUACUUAAUGUUUAAGCCUGGUUCACACUAUCAAAGUUUCUGUGAUCACAGUAGAAAUUUUGCAUCUGUAAAUUCUAAGUUUUGAAGGAUUUGUGAGAAAUGUUUGAGGGAACUUACUUAAUGUUUAAGCCUGGUUCACACUAUCAAAGUUUCUGUGAUCACAGUAGAAAUUUUGCAUCUGUAAAUUCUAAGUUUUGAAGGAUUUGUGAGAAAUGUUUAAGGGAACUUACUUAAUGUUUAAGCCUGGUUCACACUAUCAAAGUUUCUGUGAUCACAGUAGGAAUUUUGCAUCGGUAAAUUCUAAGUUUUGAAGGACUUGUGAGAAAUGUUUAAGGGAACUUACUUAAUGUUUAAGCCUGGUUCACACUAUCAAAGUUUCUGUGAUCACAGUAGAAAUUUUGCAUCGGUAAAUUCUAAGUUUUGAAGGAUUUGUGAGAAAUGUUCGAGGGAACUUACUUAAUGUUUAAGCCUGGUUCACACUAUCAAAGUUUCUGUGAUCACAGUAGGAAUUUUGCAUCGGUAAAUUCUAAGUUUUGAAGGAUUUGUGAGAAAUGUUUAAGGGAACUUACUUAAUGUUUAAGCCUGGUUCACACUAUCAAAGUUUCUGUGAUCACAGUAUAGGAAUUUUGCAUCGGUAAAUUCUAAGUUCUGAAGGAUUUGUGAGAAAUGUUUGAGGGAACUUAGUACUUACUUAAUGUUUAAGCCUGGUUCACACUAUCAACGUUUCUGUGAUCACAGUACAGGAAUUUUGCAUCGGUAAAUUCUAAGUUUUGAAGGAUUUGUGAGAAAUGUUUGAGGGAACUUAGUACUUACUUAAUGUUUAAGCCUGGUUCACACUAUCAACGUUUCUGUGAUCACAGUACAGGAAUUUUGCAUCGGUAAAUUCUAAGUUUUGAAGGAUUUGUGAGAAAUGUUUGAGGGAACUUAGUACUUACUUAAUGUUUAAGCCUGGUUCACACUAUCAACGUUUCUGUGAUCACAGUACAGGAAUUUUGCAUCGGUAAAUUCUAAGUUUUGAAGGAUUUGUGAGAAAUGUUUGAGGGAACUUAGUACUUACUUAAUGUUUAAGCCUGGUUCACACUAUCAACGUUUCUGUGAUCACAGUACAGGAAUUUUGCAUCGGUAAAUUCUAAGUUUUGAAGGAUUUGUGAGAAAUGUUUGAGGGAACUUAGUACUUACUUAAUGUUUAAGCCUGGUUCACACUAUCAACGUUUCUGUGAUCACAGUACAGGAAUUUUGCAUCGGUAAAUUCUAAGUUUUGAAGGAUUUGUGAGAAAUGUUUGAGGGAACUUAGUACUUACUUAAUGUUUAAGCCUGGUUCACACUAUCAACGUUUCUGUGAUCACAGUACAGGAAUUUUGCAUCGGUAAAUUCUAAGUUUUGAAGGAUUUGUGAGAAAUGUUCGAGGGAACUUACUUAAUGUUUAAGCCUGGUUCACAUUAGCAAUAGAUGAUUCCAGCUUUAUACUAAAUUUUAAUCCAGGCAGAAAGAACGAAAACCCUGCGAAAUUUGCACAUUUUAUAUUUGUUAAUUAUAAUAUAGCAUUUGUAAAUUCUGAAUGCUGAUUGGCUAAUAGCCGUGUUGAUAUAACUCAAUGUCAACACGGAAACGUCGGAAAAUUUCUUUCUUUAUAUUUCUUUGUGCUAUAUUAUAAAACAAAUAUAAAACAUUUUUUCCAUAUUGAUAUAUAGUUAUAUCAACACUCGUGGAAAUUGGGAAAACUCGAAAUUGUGUGAAAACACUCCGCCCUUCGGGCGUCGUGUCGUGUUUCCACACAACUUCUCGUUUUCCCAAUUUCCACUCGUGUUGAUAUAACUGUAUAUCAACACGGAAAAUGUUUUAUAUUUAUGAAGUAUUACGCACGGGAAAAUGCACCACAUUCGACUCAAAUUCGAAAAUUUCCCAGGGCUAUAUUUUCCGCAUUUUCUAAAAUUUCGCAACCAAACUUUGCAAUUUUACUAAUUGUAAGAUGCUCUUUCUCCACAAGAGGAAAGAGCCUGGGAACGAGGUUGUGCCAUUGAACUAUAAAUAAACUGGAAGGCUAACUCAGGGGGGGAAAUUGAAGCCAGUGCAUUUAAGUUUUUCUGAGUUAUGAGCAGAAAUACUCAACACUGAACGUUGGGCUAUAUAUCAAAUUGAAGCUAUUGAAAAACGCUAUUUGGUGUAGAAAUUUCAAGACUUUAGCUAAAAGGGAAAUAUUGAAAAACUACAAACAUAAUUACCGAUAAUUUGCCGUUUUGCAGUUGUUUUUGUAUUUUUUAAAUAUUUUUCUUUUCGCUGAAGUCUUGAAAUUUCCACAGCGAAUAGCAAUUUUCAAUAGCUUCAAUUUGAUAUAUAGCCCGACGUUUGGGAUCAAGUAUUUCUGCUCAUAACUCAGAAAAACUAUUUUGGCUUCAUCAAAUCAUAGGCCUUCAUCAUAGCAGUUAGCCUUCCAGUUUAUUUAUAGUUCAAUGGGUUGUGCUCUUUCUAGCUGUGGUGAUGGAUUUCAUUUUUCUUGUCUAGAUCAAAAUUAAAUCUACAGCUGGAAUCCUCCAUUCUGUCGGCGAUUUUUCUCCUCCUGGCAAAUGUGAUCGACUGAAUGACAUGCAAAAGACUUAGAAUUGUUUACUUCUGAAAAGCGACUCUAUAUUUUUGUGUUCGAGUUCACUCAUUUGCAUCCGUCAGAAGCACAAAAUCGGCGACAAAAUUGCUAGUGUGAACCAUGCUUAAACACCAAGAAUAAACUUGCCUUGAGCUUAGUACAUGGAUAUGUAAAGAUGUUCAAGGCGCCAGAAUCAUCACCAUUGACAAGGUAUUGGGCACUGUGUGAUCUGAUGCAUGUAUUAAUAUCCGUCCCAUCAGCACCUUCGGGCCAAAUUCCUG